AGCGUUCACUGUGGCGCAAUUUUGGAUUUUAUUCCUUUUUUUUAUGCAUUUAUAGCCACAAAACCUCGAAAAAGAGGUUUAUUUCUUUCCGACUUCAGCUACAGUGAUAGCUAAGUUUGGAGGGGAGAAGAGGGAGAGAUUAUUCGUGUCGUUCGUAGGAAAUUAAGCUCUUGUUAUUGUUUUUUAUCUUGGACUGUGACUUGACAGCUACUGAAAAGGAAUAUAAACACAAAGACUGACCAGAACAUCUCUUAAUUAAUAAUAAUAAAUAUAAAUCUGAUCAAUUUAAAUCAACAUGGAGAAUACAGCAUCUAAAAAAGGCUGUUGUGAGAGACUGCAGAACUUCUUUACUUCUGCAAAGUUUCUCAUCUAUGUUGGACAUGCUCUGUCUACCUGGGGGGAUCGUAUGUGGAACUUUGCCGUGGCCGUAUUCCUGGUGGAGCUUUACGGGAACAGUUUGCUCCUGACUGCCGUUUACGGUCUGGUGGUAGCGGGAUCGGUCCUGCUCCUGGGGGCCAUCAUCGGGGACUGGGUGGACAAAAAUCCCAGACUGAAAGUGGCGCAGACGUCCCUCCUGGUCCAGAACUGUUCCGUUAUUGUGUGUGGAAUCCUGCUGAUGGUGGUGUUCCAGUAUAAAGAACAGCUCACAGACCUUUAUAACGGCUGGCUGCUGACCGGCUGCUACAUUAUGGUCAUCACUAUUGCCAACAUUGCAAAUCUGGCCAGUACCGCCAUGUCCAUCACUAUCCAGAGGGACUGGGUGGUGGUGGUGGCUGGAGAUAAUCGCAGCAACCUGGCAGACAUGAACGCCACGGUCAGGAUAAUCGACCAGCUCACCAACAUCCUGGCCCCGAUGCUGGUGGGUCAGAUCAUGGCUUUCGGCUCACACUUCAUGGGCUGCGGAUUCAUCUCGGGCUGGAACCUGUGCUCCAUGUGUCUGGAGUACUUCCUCCUCUGGAAGGUGUACCAGAAGACGCCGGCUCUGGCCAUCAAGGCCGGUCGGAAAGACACCGGCAGCCAGGAGAUGAAGCAGCUCAACAUUCAGAAGGAACUGGAGAUCAACGAAGCCCCGGUCGAGGGUUCGAAGCUGAUGAACGAGGUCGCGGCCGUGAAGAAUGCCGAAGACGAGAACCCGACUUACUGCUACCAGAUUUCGGAACCCUUGCGCACCUUCCGCGACGGCUGGGUGGCCUACUACAACCAGUCCAUCUUCUUCGCCGGGAUGUCGCUGGCCUUCCUGUACAUGACCGUCCUGGGCUUCGACUGCAUCACCACCGGUUUCGCCUACACGCAGGGUCUGAACGGGUCCGUGCUCAGCAUGCUCAUGGGAGCCUCGGCCAUCUCGGGGAUCUGCGGCACCGUGGCCUUCACCUGGGUGCGGAAGAAGUGCGGUUUGAUCCGGACCGGGUUCCUGGCCGGGAUGGCCCAGCUGCUCUGCCUGACGCUGUGCGUGGUGUCCGUCUUCGCCCCCGGGAGCCCGUUCGACUUGAGCGUGUCCCCCUUCCAGAGCAUGGUGAGCCAUCUGCUGGGAGACAAGGCCGAGCUGCCCGAAGCUCCUACCAUGGCCAGUCUGGUCACUACACAAGCUCAGAUUGGGCUGAACAUCUCCACCAUGCAGGCCGAAGAAGUCCCACACGUCGAGUCGUACCUGUCGGUCAGCUUACUCUUCGCUGGGGUCAUCGCUGCUAGAAUUGGUCUUUGGUCUUUCGACCUGACCGUGACUCAGCUCAUCCAGGAGAACGUCGCCGAGUCCGAACGAGGGGUCAUCAACGGCGUCCAGAACUCCAUGAACUACCUCCUGGACCUCCUGCACUUCAUCAUGGUCAUCCUGGCGCCCAACCCCGAGGCUUUCGGCCUGCUCGUCAUCAUCUCCGUCUCCUUCGUGGCCAUGGGUCACAUGAUGUACUUCAGGUUCGCCUUCAAGAGCCUGGGCACCCGGCUGUUCCUGUGCUGCUCGCCCGAGCAGAAGACGGACGCCGACGCCCCGUCCCUUCCGGCCGUCUAGACCGUCGGAGAGACGGUAUCCCUGCCACGCUGAUCUGUAUUACUCUCACAAGACGCUGCGCUAAGCGGCACGUAUCGUACUAACACGCUUGCACAGUCGGAGUAUUUACUGACACUUAACACCCGUAGAUCUUAUAAGCUAGAUUAGACGUAGGCGGUUUAGAAUGUUCGGGUUUUAGCUUUACGUGAACGAUCUGGGGCCACAUCAGACACAUUCACAACACAGUGCCGACAUCUGGAGCUAGCAACCGGCCGGGCGCCCAGAUGGAAGACGAUCGGCUUGUCUGAGGGAAGGAAGGAGGGAGGGGGGGGUUGGCUGAAGGGAUUCCUUAUAACUGCUGCCAUCACGACCUCUGCUGGCUGAUCGAGGAGCUGCACAGAGACGGGGGAUAACGGACAUCAGUGCGUGACUCUCCGUGCGCGAUACGGAUCCCCGGGUGAAAAGAGCUCACGGCUCUCCUCGGUCAGGAGCAGUAGAGGUGAAUUGGAUACGACUAAAUUGGGAGGAGAACUGUGGAGAAAAUGCACAAUAAACAGUAUCUCACUCAAAACUAAUAGAGAAAAAAGACAAUUUGUGCUCAUUUAAAAUAACAAAACAAUAAAACAGACAUAUUUUUCUCCUAAUGGUGCUGCCGACAGUCUUGAGCUCAGUAGUCCGACUUGCUGCUUGAAUGUGUUGCAUGUGCCCGGCUGUUGUGGCUGCCAGUGUGUUUCACACCGCAAUAUUUAUUUAGCUGUUUGUUUAGUUAGAUUGUACUUAGUUAACGCUAAUCGCCGUACCGUUUUAGCAGUAUAUUGUUACUUAUGCAAGCAGUUCAGGGGUAAAGUCUCUUCGACGAGGCGUACGGGGGUCCGCCAGGCACCUCUUUAUACCGUUUCUAUGCAUAUCAGAAAUGGAAUUCAGGAUAAGAAAGUGAGGGAACCACAACCACUCGUCCACUCUAUACAUUCCAAAUUCUAUGCAGAAUAUUCUAGAAUUUUGUAUUUUCUCAUGUGGCCCUGUUGCAGUUCACCACGCCCUGGUUUCUACUCACCAGUAAGCAUCCAGUGCCCAUCAGUGGACAGAUUAUUGCGACUGGGAGAGGGUCGCCUCCUUCCCCCUUUUUAUAGUACAGAGGUGCCAGUCCGUCGCAGUUAAAAUCAUGCCAGUUGUGCCAUGGACGGCUACACUGGCGCACAUUUGUCCUUUUUAAUGGGCUGAGACCUUUAAAAAGACCAUUAAAGACCACCAGCAUAGUGUGGAGGUGUACUCAAGCUGCCUCAGUGGAGAGGAUUCUAAUAAGGAUUCCCUCGUUAUUCAGUCAGAUCAUCACUCAGAAUCAAGUACCUCAGUAGGAGCAUUUUAAGGGAGCUAAGAAUUUAGACACGCCCUCUUCUCGGGAGUGUAGGAUGAUGGGAAAUGCGUCUGUGUACUGUCUGCCAGCCUUAGUUCUGUUUUUAAUACACAAACCAAAGCUCAGCAUUAAUGUCAGCUCUGCACAUUCUGCCCAACUCAAACUCCAACUUCAAGCCAAGCCAAGCUUUAACCUCGUCUCAAUCCUUGUAAAAACCGUCAGCGCGUGUGGAAAGUCAGGACGCCCGGGUGACCCACCCUCACCCAGCGUCGUGUAGAGUUUCUGCAGACGAGCAGGAGUACAAAAUAAACACGCUGGUAGAACCGGUCAGACGUCAGCGCUCAGAAUGUACACCAAAGUCAAAUUCCUUUCCUCCUGUCUGGCUAACGCGGCCGCCAGACUUCACGACCGGGGUGUUUUAUAUAACGCUGAGAGCCGCGGGUCAGCCGAAUGUAGGGAACAGGACGGGGAUUAUUCAGCUCUCGGGGUAGAACGCCGAGUCAGGGAAGAGCAGCCGGUCUGUUUAGGGAAACUUUGAGAUUCACCCCGUCAUGAAAGCGCAUUGUUUGCAACAGGGCACUGAUUUAAUCAUUCGAACUCUUUUAGGAUUCUUUUAGGGUUUGUUUUUUGUUUUUCAUGCCUAUAUUAUAAGGCAUUAUACUUUAUUAGAUUCCCUCCUUUCAUCAAAUGCAGCAAUUCACUUCAGUUUCUGAAUGUUUGUGAUCAUUAUUCGUGUGUAUCCUGUAUCAACUCUGUGUAUGAAUCAUUUUUGUAUUUGUAAAGUGUUUUUUACAUAUAUAAAUAUAUAAAUAUAUAUUAUUCUAGUGUGUUUAGAUUUUUAGGUUUUAGCAGCUUCAGUUUUUAAGUGUUAUAAUGAAACGUAUGACUGUAAUAUGCUGUACAAAUACAAACUGACGCACCUGAAAAUGCAAAUAUAAACAUGAUCGUGAUCGUGAUGGUGAUUUAUAUUCCCCGAGCGGGUCCGGCUCUGAGUUCGAGCUGUCCACUUGCGGGAUGUGUUGCACAUGCUUGCUUUUUGUUGCAAUAAAGUAUUUGUUAUCCAAA